UCAGGCUUUGUGUUAGUGGCUGUCUGCCACUGUGACAAACUCCCUGAGAAAAUCAACCUCAAGGAGGAAUGGUUUUCUUUGGAUCAUCGUUUCAGAGGUCUUGGUCCGUGGUCAGCUGGCUGCAUUGUUUUUUGUUUGUUUGUUUGGUGGGGUUUUUUGGUACUGGGGUUUGAACUUGGGACCUUGCGCUUGUGAGGCAGGCAGUGGCACCACUGAGCUACAUCCCUGGCCCUAGCUGGCUGCAUUGUUGCUGGACCUAUAGGGAGGAAGAGCAUCAUGGCAGAGGGGAGACAAGGGGAGAAAGGAGAAGGAGAAAGAGUCCUGGGGAUAAGAUAAGGACCCACUCCCUUCAGCUAGGUCCCACCUCCCAAGUUUCCCUCACUUCCCUAUAACCCAUCAAAUUAUGAGCUCAUGAAAUCAUGAAACCACCAAUGGAUUAACCCAUGGAGGAGGUCAGAGCCCUCAUAAUCAACCACUUCCCCAGAGCACCCUUCGCCCCGCCCACACUGCUGCACUGAGCACUGCAAGCCUUCAUCCAGGAGUCUUCGAGAACACCUCAGAUCCAGACUGUCACAGGCCCUCAGCCCUCAAGCCACCCCUAGGUGUCCUGAACACCUUCUCCUCCUGCCCAGCCAGGGUUCCCAAUGAUCGGCUUCUUAUUCUGGCUUCUCUGUGAUUACUGUUUUCACAACCUUGUUGCAGUUCAAGAAGGACUCUGACCCUCCCUUGAGCAUCUUCAGGGGCUUCAGAUUAGCAUGGUAUCAUUGCCAUAAUGCCUUACAUACACCCCAUGGGAUGGGGUGUAACUCAGUGGUAGAACACAUGCUUGGCAAGUGCAAGGCCCACCCCAGCACCAAAAGCAACAGUCUACACAAACCACGAUAUUUAUUUAAAUGAAACUUUGUAUAGAAGACCACUGAAUAAGACACAGAAAGAAGAAUCAGAUUUGGCUGAAGCAGGAUGAGGAAGACUACAGCUGCUUCCUUUUGCCAGCUUUCAUUUGUCCUCCAAUAACCUGAGAGAUUUCACCAAGCACAGCUAGAGAAAGCACCUGCCAGGGUAAAGUCCAAAGCCUUCUCCUGACCUCGCUGGCCUCUCUGGCCUUAUUCCCACAGGCAGGUCAACUCUACUUUCCACUCUGUGCCAAGUUCUGGGCUGGCGAGUGGGCCACCUGCAUGUGUCAUCUGGGAUCCCAGAAAGCUCAGAGCUUAAUGGGAAGGACAGACAACUCAACUAAAGCAUUUCAACGGAGCCGGGUAUCUAGCGUUGUGGAGCUGAAUGUGGGAGGCCAGGUCUUCACCACCACCACGGACACCCUGAGGAAAGUCCCAGGCUCUAGACUGGCAGAGAUGUUCUCCAGCUCAGCCUCGGCCUGCAAGGAUGCUGAAGGCCGCUUCUUCAUUGACCACCCUGGCACCUUUUUCCAUCCCAUCCUGGACUACCUGCGCAGUGGCCAGGUGCCCAUACAGCACAUCCCCAAGGUAUAUCGGGAGGCUCAGUUCUAUGCCAUCCAGCCUUUGGUCAAGCUCUUGGAGGACAUGCCUCAGAUCUUUGGUGAGCAGGUAUCCCGGAAGCAGUUUUUGCUGCAAGUGCCAAGCUACAGUGAGAACCUGGAGCUCCUGCUACUCCUGUCCCGGGCAGAGGCUGUGGGGAGGCGUACCUCGGAGGUGGUGGUGUGUGUGGUGUCCAGUGAGGAGCAGGCGGCACAGUGUGCAGAGCUUAUAUAUUAUCUGGCAUCCAAAAAGAUACCAGUUGUCAAGUUCGGGCCCUGUAAGUUAGGUUGUGACAGGAAGGACCUUCUGCGGUGCCUGGAGAUAGACAUUAAGGCCCGGGGGUACCAGGUAUCCUGUGGUACCUACAAUGAUGUUUCCUUCAAGCACCUGUACCCUCAUCUGUACCAACAAUAUUUUUGCUACCAGGUUGAGAGUCCCUUCUGUGUGUUCACCUUCAUAUGGUGGUGACCCCCAUGGGCUGGGAUUGUUUA